CACAGUGUGACACCCGGCGGAUUUAAACAAAGAAGCAUGAGCAGAGUUAGCUUUACUGCUGUGUGGCCUGAGCUAUAAAACGGCUGUAUUAUAGUAUGAGUGAGAAAUAUUAGAGCAUUAAAGUAACGAUGUUUUCAGUUGAGUAUCUGAGAGAGUUGAUCAGGGACAGACUAACUGCUGCUGCUGGAGAAAUAUUCACAGAGUUUGAAAAAUCCAUCGUCCAGUACCAGGAGGAGAUCGAUCGUCAGCGCAGACUGCUGGAUGUCAUCUGGAAACCACACAUCCCCUUACAAUCCAUAGAUGAGAAAGGCAUCUGUGCAGAAGGUAGAUCACUGCAUCAUCGACCCCGAUGCUGGGCUGGUAGGCGAACUACAGCGGGUCCAAUGAUGAGCUCACCAGGGGUCGCAGAUGAUAAAGGACCAACCUCUCCAGGGUCUUCAUCAGAGCUCCCACAGUCUUAUGUCUGUGAGAAUGAGAAGACUCUCAUUGACCAUCAGCCCCAUGACCAGGAGAGAAACUCCAUGGUGGACCAUGAUGACCCAGAGCCUCCACUGAUUAAAGAUGAGCAGGAGGAACUCUGCACCAGUGUGGACCAAUCAAACCCAGAGAUUUCUCGAAUUAAAAGAGAACAGGAAGAAUUCUGCACCAAACGGAACCAGUCAAACUCAGAGCUUGCUCACAUGAAAAAGGAACAGGAUGAACUCUGCACCAGUCUGGGCCAAUCAUACCCAGUGUUUCCACAAAUUAAAAAGGAACCGGAGGAACUCUGCUGCAGUCAGGAGGAAGAGCAACUUGGAUUGAAACAGGAGACUGAUACCAUUGUGAUGACUCCUGAUGAUGAGGAAAGUGACCACAGUGAACCAAAAUCAAACACUGAUCAGCUCCUGUUUCACAUCUCUUGUGCAGCUGAGAGCCCAGAUCAGGAAGGAAGCAAGGAUGUAGACUCAGGAUCAACUAGACAUGUCAAGCUGAAGCCAAGACAUCACAGUACCAGCAGUCAAAGUAAUGAUGUAGACAGUGCUCCAACGUCAGAGAGACAGUGUGACAAUGACAAGGCAAAAAAAUCCCUAAUAUGUGAUAUUUGUGGAAGAGCUUGUAAGUAUAAGUCAGAGUUAAUCACACAUCACAGAACCCACACAGGUGAGAAGCCAUAUUCUUGUGUAACCUGUGGAAAAAGCUUCAGUCGACAAACCAGUUUGACUGUCCACAUGAGAUGUCACACCGGUGAGAAGCCGUAUUCUUGUGGUACAUGUGGAAAAAGUUUCAUUCAACCUUCCAAUUUGGCUGCCCACAUGAGAAGUCACACAGGUGAGAAGCCGUAUUCUUGUGGUACAUGUGGAAAAAGCUUCAGUCAACGGUGCACUGUGACUGCCCACAUGAGAUGUCACACAGGUGAGAAGCCGUAUGCUUGUAACACCUGCGGAAAAAGAUUCAGUCAACAGACCAAUGUGACUACCCACAUGAGAUUUCACACAGGUGAGAAGCCAUAUGUUUGUAACACCUGUGGAAAAAGAUUUUCUCACUCAUCAGCACAUAACAAGCACAUGAAAAUUCACAAAAUGGGAAAGUCGUAUUCUUGUGGAACCUGUGGAAAAAGCUUCAUUCAGCGUUCCCAUUUGACUGACCACAUGAGAAUCCACACAGGUGAGAAGUCGUGAUCCUGAAACAUCUGUGGAAAACUUAGCAUCAGAACUAAGCUUGAAACAACAUGUAAGAAUUGAUACAGGUUAAAAGUAGCUCCCUGAAAUUUAAAGCACCUUUAGACUGUGCUUCAACAACAAUUGUGAGAAAGUAUGUAAGCAGUCCUUGAUGAUUAGACCAGAUGGAGUCUGGACUGUGGUGGUGGUGGAGCAGUCAGAAGAACCAAACUGAAUAUCUGGAUGGAUAUGGUGUUAGUACAGACUGCUAUAUUUCUGCUAUCAUGACAUCCUUCAUCAGCAGAGCAGUGAUUUGAGAUAUUAUGAAGCUGUUUGGAACAUUUUCACAUCCUGCUGAAAGAACAUGGCUGUUCAGGUGUGAACAUACUGCUGGAAUCUACACAGCUUGGGUUCUGCUGUCUUUCAAGUAAAAGGAGGCAACAAGAUACUGAGACAUUGUGACAGUAGAACACAACAGAGUGUCACUGCAGCAGAGAUGUGCACGUGAAAUAAAGUUGUAAUAAAACAUGCAGCUCCAUGACUGCUUCAUGAAA